GUGAUGGUCACGGUGGGCUUCAUUUGUUUAUUUAAAUUGUAGGCCAUCGUUCCUUCAAACAGGAGUUUAUUUUGAAAUGUGUAGCCGGAAGUCGCCUCAUUCUGUCCACCUCUGCGCUGCACUGCACAGCAGCUGCACGCUCUCACGUCCAGUGUUUGAAAAAGCUCCUUGGUUUGACUGUGUGAGCAGAACGUGUGCGGCGGUAAUGGCUGCCAGGGAGAGUGAGGAAGACAACAAAUGAACCCCUGAGAAACGAGUCAAAGUGAGGACUAGGAUGGUAAGCAGCCAGCCGAAGUACGAGCUGAUCCAGGAGGUGGGGCGUGGCAGUUACGGCGUGGUCUAUGAGGCAGUGGUGAAGCGCACAGGGGCCCGCGUGGCGGUGAAGAAGAUCCGCUGCCACUCUCCAGAGAAUGUGGAGCUGGCACUGCGGGAGUUCUGGGCCCUCAGCAGCAUCCAAAGCCAGCACCCCAACGUCAUCCACCUGGAGGAAUGUAUCCUGCAGCGGGACCAGCUGGCCCAGAGGAUGAACCACGGCUCCAGCUCCCCGCUCUACCUGGAGCUGGUGGAGACGUCUCUGAAAGGCGAGAUCACGUUCAACCCGUGCUGUGCCUACUACCUGUGGUUCGUCAUGGACUUCUGCGAUGGCGGCGACAUGAACGCCUACCUGCUGUCCCGCAAGCCCAGCCGCAAGACCAACACCAGCUUCAUGCUGCAGCUGGGCAGCGCGCUGGCCUUCCUGCACCGCAACCAGAUCAUCCACCGCGACCUCAAGCCCGACAACAUCCUCAUCUCCCAGGCCUGCACGCCGGCCGGCCUGUCCGAGCCCACGCUCAAGGUGGCCGACUUCGGCCUAAGCAAGGUCUGCUCGGCCUCGGGGCUUAGCUCGGAGGAGCCGGCCAGUGUCAACAAGUGCUUCCUGUCCACGGCGUGCGGCACAGACUUUUACAUGGCCCCGGAGGUCUGGGAGGGCCACUACACUGCAAAAGCGGACAUCUUCGCCCUGGGCGUGAUUAUCUGGGCCAUGGUGGAGCGCAUCACCUUUGUGGACGUGGAGACCCAGAAGGAGCUGCUGGGGAGCUAUGUGCAGCAGGGCUCGGAGAUCGUGCCCUUAGGCGAGGCCCUGCUGGAGAACCCAAAGAUGGAGCUGCUGAUCCCUGCCAGGAAAAAGAGCAUGAACAGCCACAUGAAGCAGCUGAUCAGGGAGAUGCUGUCGGCCAACCCUCAGGAGCGGCCCGACGCCUUUGAACUAGAGCUCAGACUGGUCCGUAUCGCCUGCAGAGAGCUGGACUGGGACACGUGAUGGACGAGCAACACGGCAGCACAGACUCAGCCGAUCAAGCUAAUGUACACAUCUUCAUCAGCUACUGCCAACCUACAUCACAUAACGGGAUUCCUCUUUUGUUUUGUUUUUUAACUAGGGAACAAUAAAUAGAAUAGUCAUUGUCUGUUUUAAUGGCUAAAUGUCAUCCACUAUUCCAAGCACAUGCAGUCCUCUACUAGCGGUGUCUUUUCCUAUUGGAAGGGAAGAGGUGUGACAUCCACCGCUGCUGCUUCUCAGAAUUGGAGCUUAGUCUCAGGCUAAUCACAUCACAGCUUCCACUUCCUCCUCACUGAAUCACUUGAGCGCGCUGGAAGAGCAAAAAUGACCAAAACUCCUGGAUUCAAUUAGAAGAGAAAGUCAAAGUGGCAGUGAGACCGUUUGUCUACAAAUACCAUCUUGGACUCGGUGCUAAUUGUUAAAUGCUAACUAAAAUGCAAUAUGAGACGUUAUCCUGUGAUCAAUACAGCGUGCAUUUAAUCCAAAGGGCCAGUAUUAACACACAAUCGCCUCAAUGUUUUGGAUGUCGGAAGGCUGUGACAGAACCUGACUCAAGAACUGAUUUCAGCCUGGCACAGGACUACCAGCACUAAUAUUUACAUCUAGAUUCGAUUCUGUUAUUGGCAUCAAAUUCAGGUAUGCCCUGGUUGCUCAGGUAAUAAAAAACAUACAGCAUGAUGGUAUUUGUAGGCAAACAUCUACUAUCACGGUCAGUUUUGCUCAGUAGUCUGGGGGGGGGGGGGGGGAAAUACCAAACUUUGGUGCUUGAAGAUGACAUUUUUUUUCUGUGGGGGGGUGGUAGAUACACACCCCUUACCAGUAUACCAGAAUGUAUCAGGACAGGUCACCUUUAUUUAUAUAGAGCCUUAAAUACAAAACACUUGGGGAGGAGAGCUUAAAUGAUAAUACUGGUUUAUUCCAACUUGGUUCUUACUUUCAUAGUUUUGGCCAUUGUUCCUGUUGGUAAUACCAUUGUACUGACAAUAGCCCCUUUCACACAGCCUGUUCGAUGCGCGAGUGUUGCGCCAUUAUUCCGCUUGGCCGUUCUGUAUGAAAGCAGGAUCGGUCCGCGUACAGUAAAGGCAACGUUUGUUUGGUAGAUUGCUCUUAAACACAUUCAGAGAGGAUUUGUGCUAUAAGUGCUAUUUUUAAUCCUCAAUUCUUGUCAUUUUGGUGCUGGUGAUUUUCCUAUGGGGUUGGCUAAAACCGCUUUGGGCGGUGCCAAAAAAUCCUCUAUGCAGGAAAAACCCUUCACACCCCCCCCCCCCCCACACACACACACACACACACACACACGCAGACACGCAGACACACACACACACACACACACACACACACACACACACACACACUAGACGCAGACACUGUCGUGUUACACGUCACGUCUCUGUGGCCUGAAGACAGUCACUGGCAGAUUUUCUUGGCUGUAGCCAGCUAAUGUUAUCCAAUUAACUCUGUCUCCGACUGACUUUUGAAUGUUUUCUGGUGCUCACUCAGCUUUGUCUGUGCAACACGCUCGUUUUUUCGGUUUCGGCUCCGAUUGAAGUGGUUUAGGUACUCUAUUGGCUUGUUUACAACCAGUCUGGUGGUGUAUCUUGCCCCAUUGUCAUCAUAGCCAAUAGAAAUAAUGUCCCAGACUGACAACAAAAACCAAAAGUGAAACCAGAAUUUUUUUUUUUAAUAUAAGAAAACCCAAACAACGGAGCACACUACAAUAAGCAGGCUGGCCUCUGUUCAAAAGAGCGACUCCCUCACACAUGGCAAACUAAAUCUGCUCUUAAGAGAAAUCCCUAUGUUGCCUAAACAUAAAUUUAAUUAUCUGAAGGGUAAGCUGCCUGUAUUACAAGAGCAGUGACAUGAAUAUUCACAUCGGAGUCCAUUUAGACCCGAAUGAGAGAAGAAAAAAAAAAAAGGCGAGGGAUUCAGUGAAUGUCACUGAAAGCACUUUUAUUUAGUUUAUAUUUAUUCAUCAUAACUACCUACUGCAUUAUAUGGAGGAGCUGUGUGAGGCUGGAAUCAGUGUGAUAACUGCCUCGGUAUUUGUUUAUCAGGCCAACCCAAUGUCAGCCAACAGUCUACUUAUGCAUGCAGUGCCUCUCACCUUCAGGGAAGACGUGAGAGAAGACACCACCACACACAAUCCUCCAUGAGCCAGAGGAUCUCUGCUUUUAUUCUAUGCUUUUUUUUUUGAUACAUAAUGUUGUUGUGUUUAACUUGAUCUCCAUACUGUGUCACUGCUCCUCGUUUCCUUUGGCUCUGGAUCUUACAGUAAUCCCUUUCUUCAUGCUUCUGACAGGCUAAUUCUAAGCCUAUUAAGUUGUUGCAGCAUUUGGCAGAGGAUCAUGCACGGGACCCCUUUUUUCCUUUCACGUCAUACAUAAUUUUUGCACUUUUUUGUUUAUUUUUUUUACAAAUUUUACAGGAAUCUGUAAAACCAAACAAUCCUGGCAUCUUCUUUACUCUCAAACUCUGGUGGAAAAUAACCAAUUUCUUUUAACUUGUUGCCAAUAUUUAUCUGCUAGAUGGCCUUCAAUUCUCCCCUUAGCUGUAAGAGUUUUAUUUCCUGUCAUGAUGCGAUUGAGAUUUGCCUUAAUUUCUGAAAUUCCUGGCCUCAUUGAUAUUGCACUCGAACACAGAAUUGGCAGAAGUUGUGCUUGAGACGACGCACCGCGUUUCACUGACUCAGCGCGGUGCUUCGGUAUGAAUAGCAAUACCGCAAAUCAGUAUUAAAACCUGCAGGGCUCCCGUACUGCUUCGGGCAAUGUUGGGCUUUUGUGGCUUUCUGUUUCAUGAGCAGCAAAGUUUGGACUCAAAAGUAGGUCACCCAUAUCCGCGGCGCUCUAAGCAGAGCAGAGGAUGAUGGGUAGAGUCAUUUCCGGACAGAUUUCUUAGUUCAACCUUUCUAGACAAGGGGGGUGGAGAGAGGGGGGUGGGGAGGAGGAAGACAGUUGGCUUCCUGUGGGGUUUGAGACAUUUGCCAAACAAGUUCUCGGUCUGUGGCAUUAAGAGAUUUCACCCUUUUGAUUUGUUGUAUUCAAUUCUUUUGCACAUGUGUAAAUACUGUACAGGAUCAAUGGGGGGGGGGGGGAAAGAGAGAAAUGAUCAAAGGUUGAUGUACAUUGGACUGGAUGUGCUCUGUUUUCAAGAGCCUGACUUGUUUGACAUGUAAAUUGCUGUGAUGGAUUCAAUUUGACUUCAGCUCUUAAUUCAGCUUCAGUUCACUUGGAAAAGAUGUGAUAUAUUUACAGGUUGAUGCUGUCGGUGUGCUAAUGAUAACUAUGUUUUUCAUUUGCCUUUUUAGUUUGUGAUUUUUGUGUACACAAAAGCAGUUAUAUAAAGUGGGUCAGCUCGAAUUGUCGAAACUUUUCUGUCUGGUACCGGGCUAUUCUGGAAAUGGAACAGCAGUUUUUGUUGGAGUUUUGGGACAUCAAUCAAACCUCGCCACAUUGCCAGCCCUGAUCCAGGACCAGCAUACAACAUACUGCCGUACUGCUUUGCCAUCUCCCGGGACUCGGACAUUUCGGUCACCGAGUGGCUCAUAGAAUCUGUUAUGGGAAGAACGUUAAAAAUAAAAACUUCGCCGCAUGGUUGGAAAUCUUUUCAGCGACUAGAUGGAGAAAUAAAACUACGUUAGGCAGGUUUAAAUUUACAGAAAACAUGACGAGAUUACUUUUUAGCUUCUUUACUGCUCGGCAGCAGGGUUACUAUAGUGAACUAAAAC